UCAUCUUUCUGCUCUCAGAGCACACCACUCUGUUUCGCAGAUUUCACAUAUUGCGCCAAUGGUAGGAACCUUCGAAGUCGGAGCCGUCCCUUUCAACCCCGACGGUUGGGGUCCACCAGAUACCGCUUCCGGUACCACCACCAACCUCCCACUCAACGUUCCUUUCGCACCCUUCUCCCGCUCCGACAAAGUGGGCCGAAUCGCCGAUUGGACCCGCAACUUCAAUAACCCGGCUCGCCCAAAGAACCCGGCCGAUUCCGUCUUCGACUUCACAAACGACGACUCGUUCCCUGCUUCGGCCGACGACGACUCGUCGUUCCGCUUGGUCGACGGCAAGCCCCCUCCGCGUCCCAAAUUCGGACCUAAAUGGCGAUUCCAACAACAACGACAACUCCCUCAGCGUCGUGACGAAGAGGUGGAAGCGCGAAAACGCGAAGCGGAGAAGGAAAGAGCACGCCGCGACCGACUCUACCACCUUAACCGAUCAAACCCUAACGCUCCUCGGCGUGAAGCUGCAGUUUUCAAAUCCUCUGUGGAUAUCCAACCCGAAUGGAACAUGCACGACCAGAUCCCCUUCUCCACCUUCUCGAAGCUCUCCUUCAGCGUUCCCGAACCCGAAGACCUUCUCCUCUGCGGCGCUCUUGAGUACUACGACCGAUCCUACGAUCGCAUCACUCCCAAGAACGAACGCAGACUGGAGAGGUUCAAGAAUCGGAACUUCUUCAAGGUUACCACCACCGAUGACCCUGUUAUUCGCAGGCUCGCUAACGAGGACAAAGCCACUGUUUUCGCCACUGAUACUAUUCUCUCCACUCUCAUGUGUGCUCCCAGGUCUGUUUACUCUUGGGAUAUCGUUGUUCAGCGCGUUGGGAACAAGUUGUUCUUCGAUAAGAGAGAUGGAUCUCAGCUUGAUUUGCUUUCUGUUCAUGAGACCUCGCAGGAGCCACUUCCUGAGGCUAAAGAUGAUAUUAACUCUGCUCAUUCGCUUAGUGUUGAGGCUGCAUAUAUUAAUCAGAAUUUCUCUCAGCAGGUGUUGAUUAGGGAUGGGAAUAAGGUUACUUUUGAUGAGCCUAACCCAUUUGCUAAUGAAGGUGAAGAGGUUGCUUCUGUGGCUUAUAGGUAUAGGAGGUGGAAGCUUGAUGAUGAUAUGUAUCUUGUUGCGAGGUGUGAGGUUCAUAGUGUUGUUGAUGUUAACAAGCAGAGGUCUUUCCUUACUUUGAAUGCGUUGAACGAGUUUGAUCCCAAGUAUUCGGGUGUUGAUUGGCGGCAAAAGUUGGAGACGCAGAGGGGUGCUGUGUUGGCUACUGAGCUUAAGAACAAUGCUAACAAGUUGGCUAAAUGGACUGCUCAGGCUCUGUUGGCGAGUGCGGAUAUGAUGAAGUUGGGAUAUGUGUCGAGGAUUCAUCCCCGUGAUCAUUUUAACCAUGUCAUUUUGGCUGUGGUUGGAUAUAAGCCAAGGGACUUUGCAACACAGAUUAAUUUGAACACGUCGAAUAUGUGGGGGAUUGUGAAGUCUAUUGUGGACUUGUGCAUGAAAUUGAAUGAGGGAAAGUAUGUUCUUGUGAAGGAUCCAUCGAAGCCCCAGGUUAGGAUUUAUGAGGUUCCCGCUGAUGCAUUUGAAAAUGACUACGUGGAGGAGCCACUUCCGGAAGAGGAACAAGUUCAACCUCCGGCAGAAGGUGCUGAGGGUGGAGAGGCAGCUGCUACCACUAAUGCUGUGGAAGAUAAGCAGAUAGAUGAUCAAGCCUAAGAAUUUUCUAGGUUUUUCUGUUUGGUGCACUUCCUCCUGAUUUGUUGUAUAGAGGAGCCCCCUUCUAAACCCCUUCUAAAAUCCAUGCUGAUAAGAAGGCUUACGUGGAAAUUGGAGUGCCUGGUGUCUAACCUGUGCAUGUAUGAGUUUUACACACUGUAGUGGCCAUAUCACUCUAAUACCACUUGCUGUGAGGCAGAAUGUAUUCUGCUCCCUCUUCCUGCACCCAGUCAUUGUUUUGUUGGUUGGUGAUUUUGACUGUCUUUGGACCCUGACCAUAGGCAUCUAUUAACAAUUUUUAAUGACUUGAGAAAAUAUUAGCACCCUGAUUAAGUUACUGAAUCUUUAAUGUGCAUGUAUAAGGAAUUCUCGAAAUAAGCUUAUUUCUAAACAUUUCGGCAGGCAAAACAGUAAGUUAAUCUCUUCAUUUCCCCUCUAAAGAAAAGAGAGAGGAGGCAUCUAUUAUAGUGUCAGCGAGGUAUAGGAUGUCUCCUAAAUUGAAGGCCAAAGAGGACAUGCCUUAUAAUUAUUUAUCUAAAACUAGCAAGUUUGGUACGAGUAAUGAGAUCUGGAACUACUCAAAACUCAGGUUAUAUGUUGAUAGGUGCAGAACUAUUUAUUAUGUGUGAUCACUAAAGGCAAUCAAGUAGCAUUCUGUUGUGCCUUUUCUGGAACUAUUUUUUAAAGUGAAUUUUACACAACAUUAUUAUGCAUUUAUUGGAGACAUAAUCAUUUUCUACUGGGAUGAGGGAGAUUCAAUGAUCGUAGAAACAGUGACGACUACGUCAUUUGAAUGUCGUUUGAUGGGCAGAAUAAUAAUUUGGACCUUUAAUUUUGCUAAUAAUAUUUACUCGUAGAUAACGUGUGAUUUUUUGGGUCGGUGCAGGUCAGAUGUUUACUUGGAUUAAUGGCCGUUCACUUGGGAGCAGAUUGGACUCGAUCAUUUUCUCUUUCGCACUGCUUAUUUGUCGGCCAAAAUUUUGCAAUUUAACUUCGUGAUGUUCCUUUGGACCAAAAGUUUUAAAACUCUUUCUGAUUUUUUUAUGCUACACCUGUCUAUGAUUUACAGACCUUAGCAUAUUUAAGUGGAAUGAAUCAGUGCGUUUCAAAAUUGUAUCACGCUCAUUUGGGUUUAGUUUUAUUAAGCAAUUUCAUUAGUUUUUUCUUUUACUGUCAUGUGGUUUUCAGAGAUUUCCAUGUUGGCUCUGAAUGGUCUUGAGAUUUGAAAGCUACGAAACAUAAAUUUAUUGUUAUCUUGCGCUCGAUUUGUAAACGACUAAAUUUGUAGUAUUAAAACAUGCUUUAUUUCGUAUUUUUAGGGCAUUAUCCAACAUUUUUGGUCUAACUUCAUUUCUAAAUUUGUCAGAUUGGAGAGUUUCACUAGGUUAUCACUAGCCUGCCCAUUCUAGAUAAAAUGGGUCUAAAGAUCUAGCCAGGGUCGUUUUGGGCUUAAAGGAAGAAUAUAGGCCCAAGUAAUUUAAGAUUAGUAUGGCGUGGAUCAUCUCUGCUAUUUAUACAAGAUUGCAUCGAACUUUUAGGACCCUUUUUGAAACAAUUCUGUGUAGCAAUUCAAUUUUUACGUCCCUUGAUAUU